GGAGCCUAGGUGAAACGCUUUGAGUUGUGAAACAGGUUUGUCUUGAGCGGAGAGUCCCCUCACAUUCAAACACACACACUCUCUCUCACACACUCUUAUCGUACGCAGGGCAGCACAGUGUGUUCUACAACCAGAGGGAUCAACCGCGACAGAAGAAGGAACUCCAAACAGCAGGAAGUAGAUUUCCUCUGAGGUGCUGAGAGAAUAGAUCUUCAGAAAUGGGGCGCAGCUGAUCCGCACACAGAACACCUUCAGCAGAACCUGGAUUUAUUUCAAGAACAGGGAGGACUUUUACUCAAGAUGCCUCUGGAGACCCUCCAACAGCAGCCGAGGAGGACGGCUGCAGCGGGGAUCCCCCCACGCCUGCGUCCAAAGGGGCCGGUGGGGCCCGACUUCUACCGGCAGCUGAGGGCCGUGGCGGCGGAGGGGCCGAGGCAGAGCGCGGUGGAGAGGCUGGAGGCGGACAAGGCAAAGUACGUGAAGAGUCAGGGGGCUCUGAGUAAGCAGCAGCCGGCGAGGCCCCUGGAGGUGAUGAAGGGGCCCCUGCUGAGCUCUGCGGCGCUGAGGCCCACCAGAAGGACCAACAUUAAGCCGGGGGGGGCGCAGCUAGACCUGAAGCACCUCAGCAACCUGAUCAGUGUGGGGGGGGGGGAAUCACUCCCCCAUCCUGCAGGCUCGCAGCAGAAGAAGGAGCGUUCCUGCCCCCCCCCUCGCCCUGACUGGUCCAGUCCGGCUAAAGUCAGAUUAAAAACAUCGGUACCGACCCGGACGGAGGAUCUUGGUUCUGCUGGUCCUUCCGCUGCAGGGACUGUGCGUCGGGUGGACGUCAUGCCUCAGGCCUGCAGACCCCCUCAGUACAUCCGGCAGCCCCUGCAGCCCCUCCCCCCUCACCCUCAGUCGCCCCUCCGCCCGGCCACCUCCCCCCUGCAUCUCUUCCACACCAGAACCACUCCCCGGGCCUCGCCUCUGAAACCCGUCGUCACUCCAUCCAAACCUGAUUCUCCUGCAGGUGAAACCCCCUCCCCUGCCCCCCCCUGCCUCCCUGCCUUCCCCCCUCAAUCCCCAGCCAUCACCCGCCUCUCGUCCUGCAGCUCCAGGAAGCGUCGCUCCCUCACCCGCUCCAAAUCGGACAUGAGCGACCGGUGCUCCCGGGCCGGCACCGAGCUGGAGCGCUUCUUCAACCUGUGCGGCGUCGACCCGUCCGACCUGCAGCUCGCCGGGUCCUGCUCCGACAUCGUGUCCAUGGCUCGGUUCCGCAGCGUCAGCGCUCCGGGGUCCGAGUGUGCCGGAUCGGGGAGAGGUGAGGAAGAGGAGGAGGAGGAGGAGGAUGCUCCGAACACUGUGGCAAGAGUUCCUUACGGUGUGUCGGUCAUCGAGAAGAACGCCAGAGUCAUCAAGUGGCUCUACGGACUCCGACAGGCCAAGGACACGGGCAGCCAGAGCACCAGCCUAUAGCGGCUAAAGCCCGGCUGUGUCAGAACGGAUCCUUCUGCAGGUGGUCUUUCUUUAAGAUACACCUCAGAAGAAGUGUGCCAAAUGUGCAUUCCCAGUUCCUCCAAGACUUUAUUGCACUGGAUGCAACAAGGGACUAUUUGUUCUCAUGUGUUCAUCUUCAAAUCCUUUUUUAAAGAUGAACAGUUUGGUAGAUUAAGUCUCAGAACAAAGGUACACCUGUCAGUUCCAGUUUGUCCUUUAUGUGCCAAAGGACCAAUUUAGAGCACAGGCUGCAACUCAGGAACUUUUUUUACCUUCAGUUAUCUGCAGGUUAUUUUAUAGAUCGAUAUAAAUGUCAGAAAACACAGGAAGCGUGUCCUGGGCCGUUCCUCCAAGCCUUUAAAUGUGCAGAAAUACGGAUUUACGUUGUGCUGCAACUACAGGAGAUUUUGUUUUAAAGUACCCAUUUGAUGCAUUGUGUUUUUAUGGACCGUUUAAAAAGUUGAUUAUUGUUUGAAAAAGUCACAAUUUCUUCAAGCCUUUAAAUGUGCUAAAUGAACAAUGUACAGCGCACUGGUAAAUGUUCUGAAACCUGCAAUCAGGGAUUAUCCUCCAGAGGAAAUGGUUAAUGGUUUGGAUUAUAUAAUGUCAAAAACAUCCUCGUUUUCCAAAGGCGUUAAAGGUCUUGUUUUGUUCGAUCAAAACCAAACGAUAUUCAACGAGAGAAGCAGAUAAUAAUAUAAUAAGUGAGGUUUAAAACUGUGAUUAUGAAGUGAUGGAUUACGUGUUUCAGUCCCUUUGUUUUUAAUUUAGUUUUUUUUUGGACAUUUCAGUUUGAACGACAGAGAAAGUCUUAAAUAUGUUUCUUGGUGUUUUGUCUUUUGAAAUGCUUUUUCUUUGUGGAGGUCCCUCUGUGGUCCCGUGAAUGAACGGCAUUAAAGAUUGUACAGUGAACGCAU